AUGGCGAAGAUUCAGACCCACGGCACCGCCAAGCAAAUCAACCAAAUUCAAGACAAGCCUUAUGUCAUAACACAAAAACAAGUGCAGCAGCAACACUUUCAGAAGCUCAAGGUUGAAGAUGCCUUGUCGUAUUUGGACCAGGUCAAAAAUCGGUUUGCAAAUGAUCCAGGAAUAUACAACAAGUUUCUCGAUAUCAUGAAAGAGUUCAAAUCACAGAGCAUUGACACGCCGGGGGUGAUAAACCGGGUCUCGCAGCUCUUCCAUGGACACCCGGAUCUGGUUUUGGGGUUCAAUGCGUUUCUUCCCCCGGGGUACCGGAUAGAGGUUCCUAAAAAUGGGGUGGCCUUUCUCCAGUCUCCUUUUUCACCACAGGUGUCAUUGAGCCAGCCGGGCAAGACCUUGAGUACAUUAGUGGUCAACACGACCCCAGCCAGUGCCUCUACCUGCACCACUGAAGCCGCCCACACUGAGGCCAAAGUGGUGUCCACAGAGCCCCUCUCGUCUCCGACCUCCGCAGCUCCCCCAGAGCCCCCUAGCAGACUCAUUCUUCCCCUUAGCAGCAGAGAGACUCAGAUGGCCACCUCCUCCGUAUCGCCACCAGCUCCAGAAACCAGCCCAGUGGAGUUUGACAGCGCCAUCAGCUAUGUCAAUAAAAUCAAGAACAGAUUCCUCGAUCAUCCAGAGAUUUAUAGAUCUUUCCUGGAGAUUCUUCACACUUACCAGUGUUUUUCUGCCCCUCAGAAAGAACAGUUGGAGGUGAAGGAGAGUCGGGGGAGUCGCAGUAGCAGCGGGAUGACUGAGGAUGAGGUGUUCUCCAAAGUGGCUAGUCUGUUCAAAGGACAAGAAGAUCUACUGGCUGAGUUUGGACAAUUCUUGCCGGAUGCAAAGAGGUCUCUGUUUACUGGAAGCUCGCUGACGGGGGUAAAAGAGACUCUUAAAAGACCAGAGGAAGACGAUCUAUUAAGCAAACAGAACAAAAAGAGACCCAGACCUGUACUAAUGCCGCACAUGUCCCCACUCCUCAAGAAAAAAAUGAAGUAUUCUUGCACCAAAGAUCAAUCAUUUGCGUCGGUUGGUAAACAUGGAGUUUUAAGAGAAUUCUCUUUCUUUGAUAAAGUGCGAAGACUGUUUAAAAGCCAAGAAGUUUAUGAAAAUUUCCUACGAUGUAUUGCAUUGUUUAACCAGGAAGUUGUGUCAGGAGCAGAACUGCUCCAGCUUGUCACUCCUUUUCUUGGGAAAUUUCCAGAGCUGUACUCUCAGUUUAAGUCAUUUCUUGGAGACAAAGAACUCUCUCAUGCGAUCUCUGGAUUGUCUGAUCGCUACAUGGAGGGGGGAGGAGGCAGGGAGGUGGAUUACGCCUCAUGUAAACGCCUUGGCUCUAGCUACAGAGCUCUACCCAAGACCUACCAGCAGCCCAAGUGCAGUGGACGGACGGCACUGUGCAAGGAGGUGCUGAAUGACACCUGGGUUUCCUUUCCAUCUUGGUCUGAGGACUCUACGUUUGUUAGUUCUAAAAAGACUCCUUAUGAAGAGCAAUUGCACCGAUGUGAAGACGAACGCUUUGAGCUGGACGUGGUCCUGGAGACAAACCUGGCCACUAUUCGAGUGUUGGAGAGUGUGCAGAAGAAGCUGUCGCGGCUGCCACCUGACGAUCAGGACAGGUUUAGAUUAGAUGACUGCCUGGGCGGCACCUCUGAGGUCAUUCAACGUCGAGCUGUGUAUCGUAUCUAUGGUGACAAAGCCCCAGAGAUCAUCGAAGGCCUGAAAAGAAGUCCUAUUACUGCUGUGCCUGUAGUUCUCAAAAGGUUGAAAGCCAAGGAGGAAGAGUGGAGAGAGGCACAGCAGGGCUUCAAUAAAAUUUGGAGAGAACAAUAUGAGAAGGCUUACCUCAAGUCACUUGAUCAUCAGGGCGUCAAUUUCAAACAGAAUGACAUGAAAGCCCUGCGUUGCAAAAGCCUGCUUAAUGAAAUCGAAAGUGUCUAUGAUGAGCGCCAGGAGCAGAGCACAGAAGAGGGUGGUGUAGGGCAACAGGGUCGCAACAGCUCUGGCUCAGCUCCGCCCAGUGAACCCCACAUGGAUUUCACAUAUGAAGACAAACAGAUCCUGGAAGAUGCAGCAGCACUUAUCAUCUACCAUGUGAAACGCCAGCCCACCAUCCACAAGGAUGACAAGGACCAUAUCAAACGCAUUAUUCAGCACUUUGUCCCGGACCUGUUCUUCUCACGGCGCGGCGAACUCAGCGACACAGAGGACUGGACGGAUGACGAGCCAGAGCCUGAAGAUGGAGCAGACAGAGGAGCAGACCGAGGAGUGUCCACUGCUUCUCCUGGAGCCACAGUGAAUUCAACCAUGACCUCAGGAGCAGCACCCAGCACUGGAGGACAGCCACAAAGCCAGCCCACGCAUCUGCAGAGCCAAGCGCAGCAACAGAUGAACGGGGAGUCGAGGCGGAGACGAAGCAGUCCAUCCCAGCCCGCAGACGCGGAGACCACCACCACCACCCCUAGCACUGUGAACCAGCUCGUUGUCACCAUGCCGUCCACUCCGAUGGAGGUGACCGCUACAGCUCCUGCAGAGAGGGUCGACCUGCGAGACCCUGAGGCAGAGCACCAGAAAGAGAUGGAUGGAGUCUACAACCUUUUCUUUGUCAACAACAACUGGUAUUUCUUUUUGCGGCUGCAUCAGACCCUAUGCUCAAGACUGUUGCGUGUUUAUCGGCAAGCUGAGCGCCAACUGCUGGAUCACAGAGCUGAACAGAGCCGCGAGAGGCUGCUCCUGGCUGAGGGGCGGAGGGAAAAGGCCUGUGACCUCGCCAUGGAGCUCCGCCUAAAACAGCCGAGUGAGGUGGAACUGGAGGAGUACUAUCCAGCAUUUCUGGACAUGGUGCGCAGCCUACUGGAUGGGAACUUGGACUCCACUCAGUACGAAGAUACGCUUAGAGAGAUGUUCACCAUUCAUGCCUACAUUGGAUUCACCAUUGACAAAGUCAUUCACAACAUCGUCCGACAGCUACAACAUCUGGUGAGCGACGAGGUGUGUCUGCAAGUAGUGGACCUGUACUUAGCGGAGCGGAAAAGGGGAGCAGCUGGAGGAAACCUGUCCUCACAGUGUGUGAGAGCAGCGUGGGAAACCAGCUUUCAGUGGAAAGCAGAACGAGUCAUGGCGGAAGAGAACUGCUUCAAGGUGAUGUUUAUCCAAAAUAAAUCUGAGGUAUCAAUGACUAUUGAGCUCCUGGACACAGAGGAGGCCCAGGCUGACGACCCAUUAGACGUGCAGUGCCUGUCAAGCUACAUGGAACAAUUUGUCGGCACUGAAUCCAGCUUGUGUUCACAAGUAGAGGGCUACUUUUUCAAGCCUGUGUUUUUGCCAAGGAAUCUCCGUCGUUUCCGUCGAUGGCAGGUGCGGCAGGUGGAGGCCAUGCGCUGCAGAAGAGAAUGGCACCGCCAGCUGGGAGUGGAGAACGCUGGUAGUUUGGACUGUCGCUUCAAACUCAACACCCACAAGAUGGUGUUUGUCAUGAACUCUGAAGACUACAUGUAUCGCAGAGGGGCGCUGGUCAAGGCCAGAAAGUCACAAAACAGAGUUGCAGGUAACCAGCAUGAACGCUUUGACAAGUGGCAUCAGGAAUGGCUGGCAAGUCAUGUGACUUCCUCAGCUGAGCGCUCUGUGCAGAACUGGCUCAUGGGUGAAGACGAGGAGGACAUGAUCCCCUGUAAAACCACCUGCCUGUCCACUGAGCUUAAAGGACACCACGCAGCUGUGGUGAUGCUUCAUUCAUUCACUUUCACUCAUGAAGAGGCAGCAGUGUAG